GUAAUUCGCAUGACUCAUCCAUAUUAUCGCCAGCGACCGGAUCAGUGGGGAUGGCAGAAUUCGAUACGUCAUAAUUUGAGCCUUCACGAUUGCUUCGUUAAAUUGCCUCUGAAGCAAACAUCUGCUAGCGGAGUUGUUGGUCAUUUUUGGACAGUGGCACCCGAACGAAGUGAUAAGCAAACAUUACGACGGCGUAGCAGAGCAACAAAUCGACUUGGUAGUCGAGCUGCAUCAGCAAGUGCUGCCGGCGGUCAGUUCACUGGUCGGUUGUCUUCCGCCGAUUGCGGAGCAACAAAUGGAAUCAUGAGCUACACAGCGGGAACGGAAUGCAACUUGUUGAUGGAUGCAACAGGAACAGGCGCAGUGAGCGACGAUCAUAGCACAAGUUCGAGUCCAUCUCACUAUGUUCACGAUGCUACACGCAGCACCACUGAUUUACCACCAGGUGUAACCGAUUCGUCACAGGUUAGCAUCAAAUAA